CGCGCCUGGGCGGACGUAUUUGCAGCGUUUCUGCCCGUACGAGCCGCCAGAGGUCACCGUCGACUCCAUAGUUUACAUCACGAUUGCAAUCGAAGCCUUACUCCAACACGUGCGGUACCCCAAUCAACCUUGCUGGCAGACUUGGCAGCAACAUGACAAAACGCCGGCAAGACCGCGCCCUGCACGCGCCGGCCGAGCACGCACCGUCACUGCGCGACGCCACUUUCGUGGCGCUCGCACUCGCGGGCGCAGCCGUAGCCGUAUCACAGUACGACCGGCCCGCCUGCGGCCUGAGACGCGUACCCAUUAGCACGGCGCUCACCUGGAGGCGGCCGCCGCCGGAGCCGGUGGUACUUGCUCCGUUCCACGCAAACUCUGAGUUAAGGAUUCGGACCGCGCGGGCGGCCCUGCUGCGGGACCAUGGCGACGCGCGCGUCCACCUGACGAGCUCGAACAGCUUCUCCGAGGGCGCCGUCGAGGCGUCCCUGGCAGAAUACCUCGCGGCGACGCCGUCGGGCGGGCGCGCGAACGAGUCGUACUACUUGUUUGGGCCGCCGACGGACGCGCGGCUUGCUAAACUCGUCGCCUCGUACGAGUUUCCGAAAUGCGGCGGCGCCUGGUGCGCGCCGUCGAACCUCGCGGCCUCGUUCGGCGUCGCGGGCCGCGAUUCCGGUGUAUCGUAUCACACUCACGGCUCCGGCUUCGGGGAAGUGCUCCACGGCCGCAAGCGCUGGCUGUUGUACUCGCCGUCCGCCGCGCCGCCCCCGGGCCACGACCCGGACGUGUCCACGGCGGCGUGGGUCCGCGACGUGCUGCCGACGCUGCCUCCCCAUAAGCGGCCGCGCCACGACUGCGUCCUCGGGCCCGGCGAGGUCCUCUACUUUCCGCCGAGCUGGUGGCACGCGACGCUCAACGAGGACGCGCACACGGUGUUCGUGAGCUCCUUCGCGAGCGACCAGGCGCGGGACGAGGGGCCGGCGUUCUUAGGUGCUUAAUCUGUGUGUGAUGUCACAGUC